CCUCCUUCUCCUCCUCCUCCUCGUCCUCUGCCAGUUGCUACCGAGAAGGUCGGAAUUUGUUGCGGCGUGACUUUUUAGGCGUGACGAUGUCAGGAAGAGGAGUGUGCAGCAAGAAUGAUGUUUGACGGUGGUGUUGCAGCAGAAGAGGCCCAUAUGGAAACAAGCCGUGCCUAGCAGAUGGAUGAAUGGAGCUGCGUGUGUGGCUGGAAGGUGGGCCGCAGCGGGUGGUGUGCGGCGUGACCGAAGCCACCACUUGCCAGGAUGUGGUGUACGCUCUGGCACAGGCGACCGCACAGACGGGCCGCUUUGCUCUUGUCGAGCGCAGCCGCCGCUCUGAGCGCCCCCUGGCACCCUCGGACCGGCCGCUGCGGCUGCUCGCCCGCUGGGGACGCUGCGCGUCAGACGUCCACUUCCUGCUGAGGCGCUGCGGUCCAACCAGCACGGGGCCCAAGGCUGGCAGCACGCCACGAGGUGUUGCAGCAGCUGUGCAGGCCCCAUCGGAAAGGCCACGGCGCCCGCCGCCAUAUGACGAGGCGGUCACCCGGCUGGCGGCUGGCGCCCACCACUUCCCUCGAAGCAAGGAGCCGCUGCAGGGCCUGGGUGAGUCGCCCAGCAAGCAGCAGCAGCCUGACGACGACUACUCGGAGCUGCUCAGGGUGGUCAGCCUGCAGAGGGAGCGACUGCACAACACCCAUGAGGAAGUGGCCCAAAAAGAUGCCGAGCUGUCCGCAUGGGAAGGAGCAGAGGCCAGCAGCCCAAGCCUGGAAGAGCAGCUGUGCUUGUCACGACAGGAAGAGCGCACGCUGCGCUCUGAGCUGACCCUGGCACACUCGCAGCUGGCCAACUGUGAGGCACGCCUGCUGCAGUGCCGCCAGCGCCUCUGCCAGCUGGGACACGAGCUUUCGGAGGAGAAAUGCUGUCAAGGUGGGGAAGGUGGAGACGAGCUGUCGGAGCAGCUGUCAGAGCGUCGGCGCAUGGUGGCUCAGCUGAGCGAGGAACUGCGCGAGGCGAACCUGGAGGCGCUUGCGUUGGCCGAUGCCGACCACAAGCAUUGGCUCGAGGCCUCUGGUGGCUUUUUCAAUCGACCUGGGAGCACGCGCAAGAUUGUUGGCUCCCCGCGGCAGCUGGAAAAUGCAGUGCCCACAAGCAAGAAUCCCAAUGGUGUCUGGGUCUGACUCAAGCCUGCAGCAGUGCCAACAGCACUGUUGCACUCUCAACUAGGACAAAAUGUGUGAUCCUGGAAGCCAAGCCAAACAUGGAGGCAGCAUUGCAGUGAAAAUGGUGCUAACUGACUGCUGUGUUCACCUUGUGUGAGCCUUGUUGUGGACAUUGCCUGCUUUGGUUGUUUAUCCAUGGUGGGACCAAACCUUCAUCAUGCUGAUUGCACUAUGGAUUGUGUUGGAGCACAAACUUCUCUGAGCAUGUCAGGUUGACUCUGUUUUUUCACUCGCCAUAGGCAACAGUCAAACCUGUAAAUUUGUUUUGCUUUUACUUAGGACACAAGCAUCUGUGUGAUGUGUGCAAUGGUGUGGCGCAGAUUGUUUUAAAGCAGUCUGUGAUAGAACUGCUUUUGAAAAAGUGUUGCUGCAUCAUCCUCAAGUACGGCCUUGGAACGACAGUGGCAACACAAAUCUGGUCAUAACCACAAACUUGUGGACUCCUAUGGUCUUCCAAGCAUUGCUGACAUGGUUUCGAGGACCACUGCACAUAAGAUUGUGCAUGGCAAGGAUCUGCAGGAGCUGAGAUAUCGCCACAAACUAAUGCUCAAGCCAGUGUUGACCAACCUUUUAUUGUUCCAAGUGUUUGUCGUAUUUGAUGCCUCUUAUUUUUUUUGGCCACCUGGAGCCUUUGUAUAGCAGCUCUGAGUGAUAUCUACAAAUUGUGGCAGCCAAGGGUAUUUAAUAUUGGCAAGUGCUAAUGUUCUAAAUUGCAAAAAUGUGGAUAGUGACGCUGAGUGAGCAAGUCCACAGACAAACGUCAUUGUAAUUCCAAGUCUCUUUUCUCUUUCUCAAGUGUUGAAUUUUACUACAUCUUGCUUUUUGAUGCACUUAUUCCAGCCACUCACUCGUGGACAGUCAACUUCCGUUAAUUCGAGCCAGACGGUGCCAACAAAACUGAUCAAAUUAUUUGGCAGGUCUAAUUAAACAGUAUGUAAAAAACAAACAUCACAUUUGUCCGAUUCUAACAUGCCCACUUUCUAUGUGUCUAAAGUAGAAAACUAGCGUAGGAAUGACAUCACAGCUUCUAAACCAAGUAGAAAUCUAAUGCACACCCAAUUGCCUGCCAAGAAAAAUGGACAAGGGUCUAACAUGGGUUGUACAAUCUCGGCCGGUUUCAUAAAAUUAGCUUUGCUGCGCAGUUUUUAAGGUCACCAGCGUUAAAUGGUAAAGCACAAAUGUCACAAAGGCAGUUUGGUUUCAAAUACGCUGUCACAGUGCUGGCAAUUUUCGGCCCAAUUUGGGAAAAAAUAAAGCCGCAUUAGAAUUAGGUGCUGCAAUCAGACGUUUGAGAGGUUUAGCUUGUCCGGUAAUCGGGUAAACGCGAGCAGACCGGGCGUUGGGGCCGGAACUGUUAACGUGAGCGGCCUGUAUGGUGCUACCACCUGGUGGCGCAGAAAUCAAACACAAAAAACAGCUAAUAUUGCAGUAAACAUGUGUAUUCUACUUCUCUGCCGGUGUAAAUUUUCGCUGUCACAUUUACACUAGCAGCAGAGUAGAAUACACUUGGUUACUGCAAUAUUAGCUGUUUUUUGUCUGUUUGAUUUCUGCGCCACCAGGUGGUAGCACCAUACAGGCCGCUCACGUUUACGGUUCCGGCAAAACGCCCCAACGCCCGGUCCGCUCGCGUUUACCCGAUUACCGGACAAGCUAAACCUCUCUACUGUCAGCUACGGCUAUUGCUUGGAAAUUAUCCAGCAAAGGCCAGUUUUAGGAUUGAAAUAACGAAAGUUUGGGCCCACAGAAAUGCAUGGGCACCAGCCAGGACCUUUGGUCAGGAUCAAAUUGAUGGAAGUCUACUGUAAUGCCGUGGCCACGAGGGCACAGGAAGGAAAACUGAGUUGUGGUUUUUGAAAAGAAUGAAGUUCGUAUCAGAAGUCGGAGCAUUUGCUAUUUGUUGUAUAAUGCACUUUUAUUGUUCAGCACUGUAAAAUUUAAAUUAUGAGAAAUAUCAUUCUUCAUGGAUGCAGAUACAGAAUGGGCACCAAUUUAACAUAAAGGAGAGGACAAAAGGGUGCGGGGGUAAAAGUCUGUCACGGCAGUCAUGCGUGCUAACGAUUAGUAAUGCGGCUGUAUUUGUCAGUUUUGCUAAAGUAAGAUUGCAUGUGGGCGAUGAUUGACUGCAACGAGUGACUGCGCAGCGGGCAUGCAUCAGCUCCUGCUAUUAUGUUGGAUCUGCCGCAAAGCCUCCUCACCUGAACUUGCUGCAUUUUUGAGCAUGCAUUGUAUUCGGAGCAUGUUGGUGCAUGCGAGAGGUUCAAUAAAAAGAGAGUUGGA